AUGCGCAUGUCUGCUGCGGUCCCUUUCCUCCACGUCGCUUCUCUUUCCGCCGAGAUGGCAGGAGGCGUGCGAAAAAAGAUUAGCGUUUCCCCCCACCCGUUAUGGAGGAAAAUUCACACACUCUGGCAGAACAAGCAUUUAGUCUUGUUCAACACAGAAUACACGUUGCUGGUUGUUUCAAUUUUAUGGUUCCUGGAGAUUGGAAUCAACUGUUGGGUCAUACAGAAAGUACCAUACACUGAAAUUGACUGGAAAGCUUACAUGGAUGAAGUGGAGGGAGUGAUCAACGGUACCUACGACUACACCCAGCUGAAAGGAGGCACCGGCCCUUUGGUGUAUCCAGCUGGGUUUGUCUACAUAUUCACAGCUCUGUACUAUCUUACCAACCAUGGGGCGAACAUUCGCCUUGGCCAGUACAUUUUUGCAGGUUUCUAUCUAAUUACACUGCUGCUCGUCUUCAGAGUAUACUACCGCACUAAGAAGGUUCCUCCAUAUGUUUUCUUCUUUGUGUGUUGCGCCUCCUAUCGGAUCCAUUCCAUUUUUGUGCUGCGGCUCUUUAAUGAUCCAGUGGCCAUGAUGCUACUGUUUGCAGCCGUCAACCUGUUCUUAGAUGGUCACUGGACUCUGGGCUGUGGCGUUUACAGUUUAGCAGUGUCUGUGAAAAUGAACGUGCUUCUUUUUGCACCUGGAUUACUUUUCUUGCUCGUGUGGGAGUUUGGUCUCAUCAGAACAAUUCCUAAACUUGCACUGUGUGCAACCAUACAGCUCUUGCUGGGCCUUCCUUUCCUCUUAGAGAAUCCGGUUGGUUACGUGAAUCGGGCCUUCGAUCUGGGCCGUUUAUUCAUGUUCGAGUGGACAGUCAACUGGCGCUUCCUCCCAGAGUGGCUCUUCUUGAAUCGCUACUUUCAUUUGCUUCUGCUGACUGCUCACCUCCUCACCCUGCUGCUCUUUGCUUUACGCCGCUGGAAGAGACCAGGAGAAAGCAUCAUCGAAUUCCUCAAGGACCCAAGCAAGAGGAAACUGGCUUCGCAGGGCAGCACUGUGGAUCAGAAAGUUCUGAUUCUCUUUACGUCUAACUUUGUCGGCAUGUGCUUCAGCCGUUCAUUGCACUACCAGUUCUACGUGUGGUACUUCCACACGCUGCCUUACCUGCUGUGGAGUGGAGGUGUCAGGAAACUGGCGCACCUGCUCAGAGUCCUGAUCCUAGGGUUGAUUGAGCUUUCUUGGAACACCUAUCCCUCAACUAGCAGCAGCUCUUCUGCUCUUCAUGUCUGCCAUUUCAUCAUCCUCCUGUGUCUGUGGCUCGCUCCACCUCUGCACUCGUCUCAUGUAGAAAAACAAAAACACUCAGGUGUUAAGGACAAGCACCACUGAGCCGAAGUCCAGUCAGACUGGAGGUUUUAUUCAUCGUCUUUCUCUUCGGUCCACACAGCAUCCGUGCAGAGAGAGCUUUGAGUAGUCAGCUGUUUCUGAGUGGAUGAAAGCUGUUGUCUUUUCGUCUUCACUGGAAGUGACAAGAGCUAAACCGUUGGUUUGUACAGGUGCCUGCACCGUGUGAUGUGCAGUUGAGGAACUGAAACAGUGGAUUCUCAGGUGACCGUUUUAGUGGCAAUAUUGGAAGCAGAAUGCAAACACUUUAUUAAAACCAUCAGGAGUGUUUUGUUGUUUAAAAAUAAUUUGUUAUAAGGGUUACUGAAUCUUUUUACUUGUGUUAAACCUGCACUCUAGUUGUAGCUUACUAAUUAUUGUGUGCAAGAUAUUUAAGUGAAAUCCCAAAGAUUCAGAAUUAACUGAAAAAAGCUUUAUGUUGACAUCAUAUCAGGCAUGGUUCAGUUUUUUUUUUUGUGAAAGAUUCAUGUAUUUUCCUCUUUGUGUUGUACAAAAUAAGCAAACUGAAGAGAACUAUAAUUGUC